UGUUAUACUUCAACUCCAACGCUCGAGUGCUGUCACACGGUGUAGUUUCGGAUAGCAGGAGCACUGGAAUAGUCUUGGGAUUUAAACCGGCGUCUGCACUGGGACGGCUGAUUCAUUUAAACAAGCAUACCGGCUGCUGUUGCCACAUCUUAGUGGACUUUUUUUGUGGACAAAUCUGAACUACAUUAAAAUUUUCUCUAUACAUGCCAAAACUAGGCAACCUUGUGGAGGAUUCUGAGACAUUGUCGCGAAACUUUGAGGUUUUCGCCACAAUAAUUGGCUAUCGAAUGGACCAGCAUCCGAGCGCCCGGAGCUGCAGCAGUCGCGGAGCUGCGCCGUCCUGCGAGAGCGUCUCCGGCGAGCCCCCCAUGAAUUUGUACAUCCACUCCACCACCGGCACACGCUUCGAGCUCUCCCUUCCCGCAGAAGAGACCGUGGAAGGGCUAAAGCGAAGACUCUCUCAAAGACUGAAAGUACCCAAAGAAAGACUCGCUCUGCUACACAAAGAAACACGUCUGAGUUCAGGAAAACUUCAAGAUUUGGGAAUAACGGAUGGGAGCAAGUUAACGCUGGUUCCAACAGUUGAAGCAGGCCUAAUGUCUCAAGCAUCAAGACCUGAGCAGUCAGUAAUGCAGGCGCUGGAGAGCUUGACGGAAACACAGGUCAGUGACUUCCUGUCUGGCCGGUCUCCUUUAACCCUGGCUCUGCGAGUAGGCGAUCAUAUGAUGUUUGUCCAACUGCAGUUGGCAGCACAGCACUCGGGCGGCCCACAGUUACAGCAUCGGCAUCUCAUAUCACGUGGGAGUUCAGAGGGCACGACAGGACAGUCUCAUGCAGCUUCAGGCUCUGCUUCUGGGAUGGCAAGGGUUUCACACAACCCUCACCCACAUCACCCGCACCCACAUCCUCAUCAUCCAAACACAACGCUCCCAUCUAACCCAGCGGCCUUCCCACCUUCUCCCUCUAUCCCAUCCGUUCCUCCCAUGUACCCCACCUCAGCCUCAGGGCACUGUAGCCCACCACCGCACCCCUCUCAACUCCCUGGAAGUUUUCUUCACUCCCAACAGCCAUCUUCAGCCUGUCCCACCUCUCCGAGCAGCCCUAGCCCUGCAGCUACCUGUCCAGAGUUGACCACUGGCCCAUGUCUUGCACAAGCCAACUGCCCAGCAAAGACAUCUGGCAACUGUAACACUCCCUCGCGAUCCCGCAAACCAGGCGCUAUCAUUGAAAGUUUUGUCAAUCAUGCUCCUGGAGUCUUUUCUGGGACAUUUUCAGGCACUUUGCAUCCCAACUGUCAGGACAGCACCGGACGUCCUAGGCGAGACAUAGGCACCAUCCUUCAAAUCUUGAAUGACCUUUUAAGUGCCACCCGGCAUUACCAGGGCAUGCCACCGUCGCUCACGCAGCUCCGGUACCAGACCCAGUGCAACAGCCCCAGCUCGCCAACGCCGUCGCCACCGCCUUCACCUCCCCACAUCCCCGGACUAAGCGGCCUGCCUACCACAGUGCCCUCUGAGACCCAGCCCACCCUCCACCCACUGGUGCAGUGCCAGAGCCAGAUCCGCAUGUGCAAGCCUCCUGGUGACCGACUGCGUCAGACAGAGAACCGAGCCACGCGCUGCAAAGUGGAGCGUCUGCAGCUGCUCAUGCAGCAGAAGCGUCUGCGCAGGAAGGCCCGGCGAGACUCCCGCGCCCCGUACCACUGGCUCCCCAACCGCAAGGCUGGACGCAGCAACAGUAACAGCAGUAUGUCCAGCGAAGGCUCCCUGGACCUGGACUUUGAGGACUCUGUGUGGAAGCCCGAUGUCAAAGCUGAUAUGAAAUCAGAAUUCAUCAUGGCCUGAAGCAGCAACGGCUGCGCCAUCUUCAUCGAGGAAGACUGGGGUUUACACUUUAGAGAGGAGCAUUUCCGAAGACUGUGUCCGAAGACGCACAUUCAGAAUCUCGUAGGCUUCACUCCUCGUCUAUCCUGUGACCACAAAGACUUUACACAAAGGAAGAUUCACAGACUUUUACUUACCUUACGUCCUUGAUAGACUAUGAUCUUGGAAUAGACUCGAUUUUCAAAUGACGAUGUUUGGAUAUGGAUUGGACUGACAAAUAGACAGAUUUUGGACUCGGAAAGUCCAAGAAGUAAACACAAUGAGCAUAGCAGACGUCAUCGGUGUUGGGAUUUGUUUUUCUCUUUACUUUUUUUGUUUUUUUUCACCCCGGGGGAAGAUCCAUCCAGGCCAAAUACAGGCACGACGAACUAACAAAAAUCAGAUACUGAUCCUGCUUCCUCCUUUUUUCAUUACAAAUGGGCAUUCACAGUUCAAGAAUCAUCUUAUGGGGGUUAUCUUCUGUUUUUAAGUCCUGUUUUUCUUGAAUCAUGAUUUAUGAAACAAAAUAUGUAGCAUUACCCACAAAGCAUUCAGGUUUUUUAUCUUGUAGACGAGGAGGGUUCAUUUGCACACACACCUGUGAUUUGAAAUAGACAAUAUCAUAACAUAAACAAAAGAUGGCACAGUGCAUGUUUAGUAUAUAAAUAUAUUAAAAAAUACAAAAAACACUUUCUCAACAACAGCUCAGUGUAGAGUCAGAAGUUCAAGUAGGAAACUAAAACAUGAAACAAAAUGAAAAUAUGCCGACGUGAUUGAAGAAACAAGGCUUGUGAAGUCUGAAUAUAUAAAGAGCGACUUUUCCUUUUUUACCUCUGCGAAAACAAACAAACCAACCAAACGUAAAACAGCAAUUGCUCAGCAAGGCUCGAGUCAAGCUGUGAAAUGAAUCUGAUGUUAUAUAAUCGUUUAAAUACACACUGUAUCUCUCCUCUUACUGUCUAAAUGUGUAUAAUAGAGAGAGUGGUGGGGUGCCAGAGGAAUAGUUUACAAUUGUGCAUUAUAAUGGCUCUGCCAAAGUGGAAUCUCUCAUUUAUGCAUUCGACUUAACCGCCGUUCAAGGGUUUUAUCCCAGCAAACACUUACAGCUGUGGUACAAUUUUAACAAGACUACCGAUAUUUAUUUGUCCAGACUUAUUCCCACAUAAACAUUCACACCGGAGCAUACCCCCCCCCUCCCCCACUUUUACACUUUCGAUAGUGCCUCAUAUGUAGACGCAGUGACAUAUUCUAUCAGGCGUUCCACAGACAGGCGGUUCUGCUGCUAUAUGGGACUUCUCUUUGCAUGCAAAAGUGUGAAUUAUCCUGAUCCUUUUUAUAGAAAAUAAAAAUAAUAAUAACAACAAUACUGAGAAACUGGUGCUGAAAAGAUACACAAGCAUGAAUUUGUGAAAAUGAAAAUCAAAAAACAAUUGCUCCAGCUACUUGGGACUUUCAAAUUAGGAACGUGAUGUUACAUAUCAGUCGCAAACCAAAACGGGACUGGAAUUCUACUGUACAUGGAUCAUUCCUGGACUAAUUAAGGAACAAUGGAACAUUUUCUACUCCUAACAUCCAAGGGAUCCUCAGAGCAAACCCCGACACUCCCGUCGACCUUGUCCAGAUGCGGACUAACAGGGAUGUUAGCAACCAACGUUUGCCCCUAAUGACUACUUGGAAAUAAACGUGAAAAUGUCCUGAACCACAUCGAUGUUGCACUCACUGAGUUUGCAAUGAGAUUACCUACCUGAAGGGGAACAUUGUCUUUUCCUUUUUUUCUGUUCAAGUGGCCUUAACGUUCAUUAUCGAAACACUUGCAGAGUGGUGGACAACGUAGGGAUGUUUUUGUUGUAUUUGUCCUGUGUUUUUGUUAAAGCAUCAAUUUUUCCGGGGGCAAUUUUUGUGUUUAGGAGGUGGAGGCUCUAUUAUGUCAAGGCUUCAGUGCCUUAAAGUUUUGCCCCUUCGGUGUGUACGAAAAAAAAAAUCUGAACAAAUUAUUCGCAUUUAUGCAGGUUUUUAUCAAUUUAUAGGAGCUCUGGUAAAAUAUUGUCUGUUUUAUGGUUUGUUACAAGUCACUAACCUGGAGUUCAAACAGGUUCCGUCAGUGUGUUCCGUUGUUUGUUUGAUUACGUCCCUUGAACCCUGCUGUCCUACAAAGAAGCAACAAAUUUACAAAUUUAAUUGAAAAAAAAAGUUUCAACUGCAGUGCUAUAGCAACAAAGUGCCCUAACUCUCAAUUGAGAUGUCCUUUAAGGACAUGUUGACAACAUGCACUUCCCUUCUUCUCAGAUAAACGACUUCAAUGGACGAUUUCUCCCUCUCCCCCCCAAGAAAAUCAUUAUUUAAUUUUUAUAUAUGUAUGAAAUAUACUCUGUGUGUGCCUCACCUAUAUGUAAAACGGUUAAAAAAAAAAAAGUGAAAACUGAAAAAAAGCAUAGGAGAUGAUCUGAGUUUUAGGAUAGGGUAAUUGAAUGAGGGUGGAGGGAGGGAACGGGGGGCAUUUUCAAUAGUUUGUUGGAGUUCUGAUCACAUCAUUUAAGUUGCCUGUUCUUUCUUGUAGCCAAUGAAAACUGAUUACAAGAGUCGAGAAAAAAAAAAAACAAUUUA